CAUCAGAAUCGCAUGCAUCGGCAAUGCCCUGGCGCUCACCCGUCAGGGCUUAUGUAUUUGCUUUUGCUAGGGAUCUCGGGUCGCUAAUGCAUUUCUCGCCUUAAAAUCAGCAUUGAUCCCUUGCUGGUCCUGCGGCUGCCUUGUGCCUUCAAACUUUCUCUUGCCCCCUCAUUUCUUGCCUUGUUGUGAAGUGCACUUUCAGCAAAUUUGACUUCUCAUUCCCCUAGCGAACCAGUUGCCACUAGCCCACCCGGUGCAAAGUCAUUGAACGAGCGAAAAACAUACCCGAUUCUCUUCCCGAGGGCUAAAUCAGCCUAACCUGUUGUCUCUGCCGAGCUCCACACUUGCCAUCACUUCUUGCCAUGUAUCCGAUAACCCUAAGAGGGAUGGUGAACAUCUGGAUGUCCUGUUGGACCCGAUUCCGGCAAAUACUGACAACAGCUGCGACACCAGCUCCUGGGCCCCUCUCUCUCCAGGGACCCGUUGUCAGUCCCUUCACUUCACGUGGGGAUCACUUGCCUGUGUCUUCUUACCCUCGCUAUGAUCGCCCAGAGAAUGGACAAGUGAACGGGUAUGUCAAGUUCAACUGGCCUUCGCGAGUUCCAUCGAGACGAUCGUCUGAGCCUGUACCACUGCCAUUGGAGGAUGGUGUGGAAGACAUAACGGCAAACAUAACACGAGUACACCAUGUGGAUCGCAGCCGCGGCGUAUCGACACUGCCUGUGACUUGGCAUACGCAUGGGAUAUCCCCCGCGCCAGAUGGGACUAUUUCCCUAAGUCAUAUUGAAAGGGGUCGGGCAAGUGCUUCAUCGCAAAUAUUGAUGACAGGCUUGUCAGUAUGUUCUCAAGACGCUUCACCGGCCCUGACGACGGGUGAACCGAGAAUGCUACCAUCUCAAUUCGGGCUCGAAGCCAAAAUGAAUACUAUCGACAGACGAUUGUUUGAGUUUUAUAUCAAGAACUGGUGCCCAGGAAGGAGUGUGCUAAGCGACACAAACUUGUGGUUGAAGGACCUGGCCCCGAUGCACAAGGACGAAGGCAUCCUUCAUGCCAUCCAGAGCCUGGCGGGCAUCUACAUCUAUGAUUAUGUGCCAGACGAGCGUAUUCGGCAGCGAACCAAUCAGCUAUAUGUCGAGGCCGAUCAGUAUUUCAGUACGCUCCUCAACGCACCCGAGAGCAGGGAAAUCGGGAAAGGGCAGGAAGUUAUUACCAUGGCUGUGCUUCUUUCGAUGCAACACGUUGUCCUAAGUAAUCAACGUCUGAAGGAACCCCACGAUCCACGAUGGCUGAAAGGCUUUAAGCUGGCCGCAGACUUUAUAGAUGCAACCGACCCCGGCCGUUGUUAUUGGGAACCCGGAGAUGCCCAGUGUGACAACCUCCGCGCCUCCCAUUCCAUCAUCGUUGCUCGGGGGGUGAUUCUGGCUCAGCCUAUGAUGGCUCUUCCUGCACCAAAUGCCAUGAAUCCCGAAAAGGAAUCAGACAGAUUCAGAUGGCUCACCUAUGGUUCGGAGAAGGACAUGUAUGAAAUCCACGGAGGAUGCGGGUUCUCAAAGAAACUGUUGCAUCUAAUGAGCCAGGUGACAUAUUGCGCAGCUCGACUGCAGCAAGAACCCGAAAGCGUGAUGGUUCCAAUUACGGCAAAGUUUAUAUUGCGCAUACUGGAAGAGAUGCCACAAUGGAGCCGUGAAGGCAAAGACUGGUGGACGGCUCGAAAUGGUCGCCCGACGAUAGAAUGGGUGCGCGAGGCAGACGGUAUGAAAAUCGAUUCAAGUCAAAUCAUGACAGAGGUUACAGCUGAGGCGUGGAGGAUUGCUGCGAUAAUUUAUUAUCAAUGCCGUCUUUUGAGGCUACCUCGAAAUCACCCUGACGUUCUUGCCAAACUAGAGGAUCUUGCCAAAUGCAUAAAAAUUAUGCCGACAUCGGGAUCACACUUCACAGCUCAAGCACCUCUAUUGCCAGUAUUUUUCCUGGGUAUACUGGCCACCAAGCCCGAACACAAGGCUAUUGCAGAGGAUUGGUUCGAGGAGGUUGUGUUAACACCAGUCCGUAGUGUAAGUGCAAAAGAAACGCAAUCCUUCACCUUCCUUAGCAAUCUAUGAUUAGUAGCAGGCUUGUUCUGCUCUCACCCAGGUCUACUACGUAAUACUAUGCUAUAGAGUCAGGAUACUAAUAGAUCACCCCAGACCGUCCCUCCGUUGUAUGAAGC